AUGCCUCCAAAGAUCAACUUUAGCAAAGCUGCUAUCACUAAAAUUGAGCCAUUGACAAGUGAAGCUGCCCGCUGGGUUCAGAUUCAAAAGAUUCACUUCAAUGAUGCCAGUGGCAAACCCCGUGACUGGGAAUUUGCAUCGCGAACAACCCGUGUUCCGGGAAGCGAUUGCGAUGGCGUUGGCAUCCUUGCUGUACUAAAAAAACCAUCUGGUCCCGAGCUUCUUCUUCAGAAACAGUUCCGACCACCUGUUGGCGGCGUGUGCAUUGAAGUCCCUGCCGGAUUGUUGGAUCCUGGUGAGACACUUGAACAAUGUGCCGUGCGCGAGUUGUUUGAGGAAACAGGAUACAUUGGCAAAGCCACACGUAGCAGUCCACUCAUGUUUAGUGACCCAGGAUUCUGCAACACUAAUAUGAAGCUUAUCACGGUUGAUAUUGACUUGGAUGAUCCACGAAAUCAAAACCCUCAGUCUAAGCCUGAAGAAGGCGAGUUCAUUGAGACAUUUACUGUUCCUCUAAAGGAAUUUUCCGAGACUUUGCGCAAACUAGAGUCUGAGGGCUUUAAACUUGAUGCAAGAGUUCAAAAUGUUGCCGAUGGCUUCGAUUUGGCCCGUCAAUACGGUCUCUUUUUAAACAAAUAG